UGGGCCAGGGGCCGGUAGCGGGUGGUUGAGACUGUAAACCGUCCCGCUUGGAACGUUUGCGGCCCCAUCUCGGGUUCUGGCUCCACCCUCGCUCUGGAGCGCCCCCAGCCGGAGGUACCUAGUUGCCCCCGCAAGGAGCUGCCCUGCUUCCUGGGGAUCCCGGCUGCUUGCGGUCCUCUGACCUCCCUGUUGCCGUUCUUUCCGCCCGCUGGACUCGUCUUCAGAUCUGACCCCGCUCCUGCCCGACACCUGCGGAGGGUCCACCUCCGCCCCUGGCCAGCACCAUGCCCAUCCUCAAGCAACUGGUGUCCAGCUCCAUGCACUCCAAGCGCCGCUCCCGAGUGGACCUCACAGCUGAGAUGAUCAGCGCCCCUCUGGGUGACUUCCGCCACACCAUGCACGUAGGCCGGGCCGGGGACGCUUUUGGUGACACCUCCUUCCUCACCAGCAAGGCGGGUGAACCUGAUGGCGAGUCCCUGGACGAACAGGCCUCCUCCUCAUCUUCCAAACGCAGUCUCCUGUCCCGCAAGUUCCGGGGAAGCAAACGGUCACAGUCAGUGACCAGGGGGGACCGGGAGCAGAGAGACAUGCUGGGCUCCCUGAGGGACUCGGCGCUGUUCGUCAAGAAUGCCAUGUCCCUGCCCCAGCUCAACGAGAAGGAGGCCACAGAGAAGGGUUCCGGCAAGUUGCCCAAGAGCCUGUCCUCCAGCCCUGUGAAGAAAGUGGUUGCUGGGGACAGCAGCCAAGAGGAGGUGGGGGCAGGGGAGAUGGGCCCUCCUCGGAAUGGGGCCACGGGCCCCCACUCCCCUGACCCUCUGCUUGACGAGCAAGCCUUCGGGGAUCUGACCGAUCUGCCCAUUGUGCCCAAGGCCAACUAUGGGCUGAAACAUGCUGAAUCCAUCAUGUCCUUCCACAUUGACCUGGGGCCCUCCAUGCUGGGAGACGUCCUCAGCAUCAUGGACAAGGACGAGUGGGACCCUGAGGAGGAGGAAGGUGGCGGCUACCGGGAUGAAGAUGGCCCCAGCAGCGUGCUCCAGGCUCCCCCUUUGCCAGAGGUGGCCCCUUCCCUGGGGAGACCGGAAGGCAAGGCCAGCCCAGACCUGGCCUCACCGCCUCCCCACGCUCUAGAGGAUGAGGGGUGGGCGGCGGCAGCCCCCAGCCCCAGCUCGGCCCGCAGCCUGGGCAGCCACACCACGCGGGACAGUAGCUCCCUUUCCAGCUGCACCUCGGGUGUCCUGGAAGAGCGCAGCCCAGCCUUCCGAGGCCCCGAAAGGGCCAGGGCUGCCGCCCUGAGACCCUCGGACAAAGAGUUCUCCUUCAUGGAUGAGGAGGAAGAGGAGGACGAGAUCCGAGUGUGAGGUCCAUCGACAGUAGCCUCCCCAAGUCAGGGUGCAUCUUUCCCUAUCCCUGCCCCACUGCGACCUUUGACCUUACUGUGCAGGGGCAACCAAGAGCUUCCCAUUGGAGUAGAUCCUGGACCUCGUAGAUGGGGUGCUUUGCAGGGGACAGGGUACCGGCUAGUGGCUUGACUCCCUGACGCACCCUGCUUUCCUGCAGCUGCCCGGGAUGGGGUUGUGUCCCAGCAGGAAUCUCGGUGGGGGUGGGGGGAGUUUGUCUCCAACCUGGCCUCAGAUGGGUGCCAGAUGUUAAUUUGAGUUCUUGCCAUGUGCAGCCGCCCCUCCAAAGCCUGGACACUUGGCUGCCUUUUCUUUCCUGGCAUCUGGUGCCCACAGGGAGGUAUGUGUGGGCAGGACGUAGAGGGGUCCACAUAUUCCUGUCCCCCCACCCCUCCACCCCUGCCUGGCUCCUCACUAGAAGCCUGGUGCUCCUUGGGGGUUGGCUAGGACAGGGGACAGCCACAACUUGUACACUAAACGCAGCCUCUCCCAGGGGCCAGGUCAGGAUGGGGGUACAGAAAGAAAAGCCCCAGGUUUCUUGGAUAAUCAAGAAGGGGUCCUUCCUCACCGACACUAGGAGCAGGGCUGGGCACCAUCCUGUGGGGUGUUUGUUCUUUAUUUCUACGUUUGAACUUGGAUAGCGUAAUGUCAGGAAUAGAUCCUGCACUAGAAGAAUCAAAUCCUUUCAGCAAAACUUGAUGCUGAGGAAUGGCACGGUGACUGUUAUAUACUCAAGUCGGGGUGGGGGGUAUCUCUUGGAAGCCCACCCAAGGGGAUAAAUACCCCCAGUGUAUGUCUCCCAUCCCCACCUCUAUAGCUCUUAACAGCUGAGCGAGGCCUGUGUAGAAAAUUUCUGGAAUAUGAUUUUAAAAAAAUUAUACAUCAUUCCUGGGGUUGGGAGAGCUGUGUAUUAACUGGGUGGUUUCCUACCCCACCUUAAGGGAGACAUGUCUGUUUGCUUCCUUUCACAGUCUCUCCCCACUGCAGAGGCCAGGACCCUGGGGUCAACAGCUGCCAGGUUUAACAGGAAAAAAAAAAAGAGAGAGAGAGAGAGAGAGAGAAAAGAUAAGAAAAAGCAAACAGGAAAUGAGAAGAGUGAAUUAAAUUUGAAUUUUAGGCAAACAAAAGUUGUUGGGGUUUUUGUUUUGUUUUGUUUUGCCUUGAUGAGACAGUCUCACUGUGGCCCAGGCCGGGCCUCCAACAACUCGGGGUGUCAGCGUGACCCUCUUAGCAGUCUCCUGCCUCACUUGCCCUAGUGGUAGGAUUCCGGGCAGGCACCACCACGCCUGGCUGUUUGUUUUUCUGAACUUCAACUUUUGUUUGGCUCCUGUAACUCUACCCAGGGUAUGAGGAGAAGCUGGGCCUGAGCCCAGCGGUGGCAACCUGCUGCUUUUCUGUCCUGGGAACGGGCGGGCACCCCUCCCUGUGGGCGGAACCCGUAGGAGGCUGCGGAGGAGCCGGAGGGACAGCGCUGGGCCAGGCGGCAGAGGGCGGAGGCCGGAGCAGCAGUCCUGCCUCCCGUCCUGCCAGGGCCACUCGGAGACACCAGCCUGGUCCCCGACUGGUGCUCCUCGGUAGGUAGGUAGCUUAGGGCCCUCGUGGGGCAGAGCCUGGAGGGAGCUUCGGGGCUGUGCCCACUUUCCAUCAUCAGCAGCCCACUCCCAAGCCCAUACUGGUCAGUUCUGAACUCUAAACUUUGUAUUUUUUCCAUGAUCAUGAUAAAGCAGUAAGAAAACAUUAAAAAGCCCUUCUAGCA